AUGGAUUAUUGUAAAAUUCUGUAUGCAGGGAAAUUGAUUGACCUGGCAUGGAGUGGAAAAGAGAAUAUGUCCAUUAGAGUCAGACGGAGCGAGAGAAAAGAGGACGUGGCAAAAGACAUUAUUCGUUUAGAGAAAGAAAAAGUCAUUCGAGUUGCCAAGAAGGAUCUCAUCAGUCACAUCACAACAGUUCUCGAAACCGAUCCCGACAGCAGUUCGAAGCUGGAUGAGUUUUUGAAGCUAUGUAAGAGGGUCGAGUACACAAUUCGGGCUUGGCAUAAUUUAGAAUUUCAGGAUAUGAUGAACAUCUAUACCCUAUUUGAUCCUCUACACGGAUCCAAGAAGUUGAAAAAAGAUGGACAUACUCUAACUUCAGAAGAAAUUGGUGAUCUUGAACAAAGGUUUCUCACACACAUGUUUCAGGUGAUGGACAAGAGUCAUUUUAAGAUUGCAGAUAAUGAAGAAAUUGAGGUUGCGAAUUCAGGGCAGUAUCUUCUACAUCUUCCCAUCGUGGUUGAUGAGUCUAAGCUUGACAACAAACUUUUGAAGAAAUAUUUUGAAGAUCAUCCUACCGAAAACAUUCCAGAUUUUUCUGAUAAGUAUGUCAUCUUCCGACGCGGCAUUGGACUUGAUAAGAAAACUGAUUGGUUUUUCAUGGAGAAGGUGGACAUUAUCAUUUCACGUAUUUGGAAAUAUUUUUUACAAAUAACAACGUUAGACAAAGUUUUCAAUAAAAAUACACCUGCAGCCCCUAAGAAGAGGGAUUCAGAAUCUGAGACAGAUGAGGAUGACUUCUUUGUUGAACGAAUCCGUCUUGACAGCAUGGAUCUAAGCCUUCAAAAUUUGCUUCUUAUGAACACAAUCCAGGAGCCAACUUUUGAAAGGAUUAUUGUUGUUUACAGGCAAGCAACUACCGAUGAGGAUCUUCCAGAACGGGGAAUACAUAUAAAGCAUUUCAAAAAUAUCCCAAUGGCUGAUUUGGAGAUAGUUCUUCCUGAAAAGAAGAACCCAGGUUUAACACCAAUGGACUGGCUUUCAUUCAUAGGCUCUGCUGUAGUUGGUCUGGUUGCUAUAGUUACUUCGAUUGAAACCACUAAACUCGAUCUUUGGGUUGCUUUUGCAAUUCUUUCCACUGUGAUUGGUUACAUUGCUACGACAUAUUUCAGUUUUCAGCAGAACUUAGCUGCGUAUCAGAGUUUGAUAACAGAGUCCAUGUACGAAAAACAACUAGAUAGUGGAAGGGGAACUCUUCUUAACUUAUGUGAUGACGUGAUUCAACAGGAAGUCAAGGAAGUAAUAAUUUGCUUCUAUGUGCUAAACGAAAUGGGGAAAUCUACAUUACCAGAUCUGGACUACAAGUGUGAGUGGCUGAUAAAAGAAUGGUAUAAGGACGAAAUCAAUUUUGAUGUGGACGAUGCAGUUAAGAAGCUAGAGAAAUUGGAAAUUGUUACUAAGGAUAGCGAGGGACUGUAUAGCACUGUUGGGCUGGAACGUGCCAACAAGAUCAUUGGCACCACCACUGAGGAGGUUGUCCUGAGCGCCAAGUAUAAAGAAAUGAGAGCUGAAAGUGAAGCUCAUGGUGAUCAUGCUAUUGGUAAAGCUAGUGUUGCUGAGCCUGAAGACGCUAUGACGUCCAACGAAGAAAGAGAACGUCUACUCGCUGGGUUUGCCGAGGAUUAG